UCCUAGGAGUUUGUUGCGCGUACCACUGAAACGAUUGUGAAUUAUUUCACGUGACAUAACUGGUGGUGUAAUAAUCGCAUUAAAAUAACUCUUUGCGCAUUUUUUUGAGGUGUGUUCUUGCUUAGGCACCAUGAGGGCAUUAUAUCUCCCAUUCAACUCAGUUGGUUCUGAUUCUUCAACUAAUGUUAAAUUUGAGGCUGGGCCAUAUCUCAGCAAGCUGCUGGACACACCAUCAUUUGAAGAGGAUGAAGUACUUAUACAAGUGAAAGCCUGCAAUCUGACCAUGUGGGACAAAUCAUUGCUGUCCUUCAUGAAGAACAUUGGGCUUACCGAGCUGGCGAUGGGCCAGGACUUCUCGGGGGUGGUGCACCAGGUGGGCAGCGCCGUCACGCUCUGGAGCCCUGGAGAGCAUGUCAUGGGCAUUGUUCCUAUCGACGGCAAUCGGCCCGCCUGCGCCGAGUUUGUCGUCGUCAGCCAGUACGAUAUCGUGACCAAGCCUGCCGCUGUGUCGCACGCGCAUGCGGCCAGCUGUCUAGAGGACGCGCUGCGGGCCUACACGGCGCUCGUCUACCAGGCCCGGCUGCGGCCGGCCGACACCGUGUUCGUGCCGUGCGGCGCGACCGGCUUCGGGUCGGUGCUCGUGCAGCUGGCUUCCCACUUCGGGGGCAAGGUGAUCACCUCGGCUCACUCGGAUGACGAGAAGAGCUACCUGGAGUCGCUGAAGCUGGACAUUGUGGUGCUGGACUGCUCGGGCGGCACAGAGCCGGCCAAGCUGAAGCAGAUGGUGAUGGACGAGACGCUGCAGCAGGGCGUCGACAUCAUCGUGGAUCAGGCCAACGUCAAGCAGCCGGUGGGCGACUCUCCGGACUGGGAGGCGCCAUCUAGCUUCUGGCCGAUGCGGCUGAGCUCGCAGGUUCUGGCCGUCGGAGGUCGCAUUGUCACACAGCAGGCGAGCCUGCAGCUGGAGCCGGCCGUGUCUCAGCGGCUGCUGAUGAAGUGCGGCUCGCUGUGUUUCCUGCUGACUCAGGCCUGGCUGCUCAGCUCGGACCGGCUCGGCCGCUACCAACACAUCCUGCUGGACGUGGCCGAGAAGCUGCGCGACAACGUCAUCCGGCCCAACAUCCACCACACGGUGCCGUUCUCGGAGGUGGCGUCGGCACUGGAGCAGCUGCAGCCGGCGCUGGUCGGCAACAUUGUGGUGGUAAUGCGAUGAAACGAGAGCGGGGCGAGGCCAGGGUCAUGAGCGGAGCCUGGCCCGCCCGCCAGGUCGGCGGCUCGAUGACGGCAACGCGGUGAUGAGGGGCCGCCACCGACGGACAGGCCGUCGGGGCGGUGCCCCUGGUGGUGAUACGGCACUGGGGCCCGCCGACAGACGGGCCGGCAGCCCCGAACUCUUGUUCAUCGACGCCAUCCAGCCAGCACGCGCUUCGGACGAGCGGGGCGGACGGGGAGGACCACUCUGAUCGAGGGUAGCUGCAUUCUCCGUCGGCUGCGACGAAAGCAGUUAUGUAGUGCGCAAGGUUCAGGUGCCAGGGCUUGGCAACAAAUCAGGAUCUUGUGUAUAACUUUUUUCAGUCGACCAAUUCCGUUCUUGACUUUCCCCUUUCAAAACUGUUGAACACGCCGUGUAACGUUAACAGUUGCCUUUUGUCAUCGAAGGGCAUCCAAGGUCAUUCUCAUUCCGAUCGGAUUGCCAUUUUCCUUGCUGUGCUGCUGUUUGAUGCACUCUAAGGGACUGAAAGCGACUGAUGUUUGUGCCACACUGCACAUACCUACUUUUCCUCGGAAGCCGUGGUAUGCACUGCAAACAUAGUUUUAUCAGCUGUAAUGCACUGUUGUGAUGUAACCUGUGCAUGUAGCCGUUCACUGCGAGUGCUGCGGGCUGGUGUAUGGGUGUCUGGCUGGAUUACUGGCGCGGAGUGACUGGGGGGCUGCGAGAUGUUGCCCCACUGUUUGUGAGUGUGCACCGUGCGCCCAUUGAGUUUUGCUGAGUCGGAUGUCCAGCCCGAGUGGCUCUAUUUUCGGUUGAGCUUGGGACAAUUUAUCGCACCCACCGCUUCUGCCAUAGGCGAACAAGAUCAUUUCAGGUAUUUGUAUCGUCGUAUAUGAGAUACGCGAAACACUUUUCAUCUGUCAGGCUCGUUGCGUCUACUUCGUUGUGCAGAACGUUGGGCUUCGUACUAUCGAAGCACAAUACAGAAAUGCCUUCCCUUUCAGCUAAUCCUGUUUGUAAAAGCACACUUUCCCUUUCAACGUGCGAAACCCGUUAUAAAUGCGCUAUGGUUCGAGGCUAUUCAGGGAAAUACCGAUUGAAAUGAGCUCGUGGCGACAUCAGUGGUGGCGUGAUGAUGCUGUUUGUCCAUAUCUGCCCCCGCCUGUAGCCCAACUCUGGACAGGUUCUGGCCACGAACGGCUGCGAUUGCUGCAAGUAUGUGCAAAAUAUGUUAUGGUGCAUAUUUUACCAAAGAUGUGUUGGGCCCAACGUGGUGACUGUUAAACUGAUUUCAUGCAAUUACUAUUGUCGAUUCUCAUGUAUGGGAAGCUAUUUAUCGGACCCGUUUGACCUAACCUUUGACAUCGCGAUGUCAGGUCAUCACCUUUUCUUUGUCUUGACACCUCCCAUAACAUUGUACCAACAACGUUGUGUCGCGAUGAUAUUUGCGGUCAAUGCGAAAUAUAUUAUGCGCAUGCGGCAACAGACAACGGUCGGUCAAUACGAAAUGUUGGUGCUUUUUCGACACACAACGUAAAACGACAUUCUAUUGAAACGGAGGAAAGUGCCUUUGCUAUAUGACGGGAGUAUGCAUAUCUAAGCGAGCAGCGCGUUAGUCCGUUUUCUUCUAAUGUGCCAGAUUUAAC